AUGGACAGAGUGAGAAGGGGGCAGGAGGAGGAGGAGGAGGAGGAGGAGGAGGAGAAGGAGGAGGAGGAGGAGGACAGAGUAGGAGGAGGAGGAGGAGAAGGAGGAGGAGGAGGACAGAAACGAGGAGACGGACAGAAUGAGGAGGAGGGGGCAAGAAGAGGACGAGGAGACGGACAGAGUGAGGAGGAGGGGGCAGGAGGAGGACGAGGAGACGGACAGAGUGAGGAGGAGGGGGCACGAGGAGAACGAGGAGACGGACAGUGUGAGGAGGAGGGGGCAGGAGGAGGACGAGGAGACGGACAGAGUGAGGAGGAGGGGGGAGGAGGAGGACGAAGGGACAGACAGAGUGAGGAGGAGGGGGCAGGAGGAGGAGGCGGACAGAGGAGAAGGGGGCAGGAGGAGGAGGAGGAGGCGGGCAGAGGGAGGAGGGGGCAGGAGGAGGAGGGGGCAGGAGGAGGAGGCGGGCAGAGGGAGAAGGGGGCAGGAGGAGGAGGCGGACAGAGGGAGGAGGGGGCAGGAGGAGGAGGCGGGCAGAGGGAGAAGGGGGCAGGAGGAGGAGGCGGACAGAUGGAGAAGGGGGCAGGAGGACGAGCGGGCAGUGGAAGAAGGGGGCAGGAGGAGGAGGCGGACAGAGGGAGAAGGGGGCAGGAGGAGGAGGCAGACAGAGGGAGAAGGGGGCAGGAGGAGGAGGCAGACAGAGGGAGAAGGGGGCAGGAGGAGGAGGCAGACAGAGGGAGGAGGGGGCAGGAGGAGGAGGAGGACAGAGGGAGAAGGGGGCAGGAGGAGGAGGCAGACAGAGGGAGAAGGGGGCAGUUGGAGGAGGCGGACAGAGGAAGAAGGGGGCAGGAGGAGGAGGCCGACAGAGGAAGAAGGGGGCAGGAGGAGGAGGCGGACAGAGGGAGAAGGGGGCAGGUGGAGGAGGCGGACAGAGGGAGAAGAGGGCAGGAGGAGGAGGCGGACAGAGGGAGAAGGGGGCAGGUGGAGGAGGAGGAGGCGGGCAGAGGAGAAUGGGGCAGGAGGAGGAGGAGGAGGCGGACAGAGGAGAAUGGGGCAGGAGGAGGAGGAGGAGUCGGAAAGAGGGAGGAAGGGGCAGGAGGAGGAGGCAGGCAGAGGGAGGAGGGGGAAGAGGAGGCGGACAGAGGGAGGAGGGGGCAGCAGGAGGAGGCGGACAAACGGAGGAGGGGGCAGCAGGAGGAGGCGGACAGAGGGAGGAGGGGGCAGCAGGAUGAGGCAGAGAGAGGGAGGAGGGGGCAGCAGGAGGAGGCGGACAGACGGAGGAGGGGGCAGCAGGAGGCGGCCGACAGACAGAGGAGGGGGCAGCAGGAGGAGGCGGACAGAGGGAGGAGGGGGCAGCAGGAGGAGGCGGACAGAGGGAGGAGGGGGCAGCAGGAGGAGGCGGACAGAGCGAGGAGGUGGCAGGAGGAGGAGGCGGACAGAGGGAGGAGGGGGCAGCAGGAGGAGGCGGACAGAGGGAGGAGGGGGCAGCAGGAGGAGGCGGACAAUGGGAGGAGGGGGCAGCAAGAGGAGGCGGACAGAGGGUGGAGGGGACAGCAGGAGGAGGAGGGGGCAGGAGGAGGAGGAAGGGGCAGGAGGAGGAGGAGGGGGCACGAGGAGGAGGAGGGUGGAGGAGGAGGAGGAGGGGGCAGGAGGAGGAGGAGGGGGCAGGAGGAGGUGGCAGACAGAGGGAGGAGGGGACAAGACGAGGAGAAGGCGGACAGAGGGAGGAGGGGACAGGACGAGGAGGAGGUGGUUAGAGGGAGGAGGGGACAAGACGAGGAGGAGGCGGACAGUGGGAGGAGGGGCAGGACGAUGAGGAGGCGGGCAAAGGGAGGAGGGGGCAGGAGGAGGAGGAGGGGGAGGAGGAGGAGGUUGAGGACUGAGGAAGGAGGGGGCAGGAAGAGAAAGUGGAGGAGGAGAGGGCAGGAAGAGGAGGAGGCAGAAAGUGGAGGAGGAGGGGACAGGACGAGGAGGAGACGGACCGUGGGAGGAGGCGACAGGACGAGGAGGAGGCGGACAGAGGGAGGAGGGGACAGGACGAGGAGAAGGCGGACAGAGGGCAGAGGGGACAAGACGAGGAGGAGGCGGACAGAGGGAGGAGGGGCAGGACGACGAGGAGGCGGACAGAGGGGGAGGCGCCAGGACGAGGAAGAGGCGGACAAAGGACGAGGAAGAGGCGGACAGAGGGAAGAGGGGGCAGGACGAGGAAGAGGCGGACAGAGGGAGGAGGGGGCAGGACGAGGAAGAGGCGGACAGAGGGAGGAGGGGGAGGACGAGGAAGAGGCGGACAGAGGGAAGAGGGGGCAGGACGAGGAAGAGGCGGUCAGUGGGAGGAGAGGGCAGGACGAGGAGGAGGCGGACAGUGGGAGGAGGUGGCAGGACGAGGAGGAGGCGGACAGUGGGAGGGGGUGGCAGGACGCGGAGGUGGCGGACAGAGGGAGGAAGGGGCAGGACGAGGAGGAGUCAGACAGAGGGAGGAGGGGGCAGCAGGAGGAGGCGGACAGACGGAGGAGGGGGCAGCAGGAGGUGGCGGACAGAGGGAGGAGGGGGCAGCAGGAGCUGGCGGACAGAGGGGGUGCAGGAGGAGUAGGUGGACAGAGGGAGAAGGGGCAGGAGGAGGAGGUGGACAGAGGGAGAAGGGGGCAGGGGAAGGAUGUGGACAGAGGUAGAAGGGGGCAGCUGGAGGAGGUGGACAGAGGAAGAAGGGGGCAGGUGGAGGAGGUGGACAGAGGGAGAAGGGGGCAGGAGGAGGAGGUGGACAUAGGGAGAAGGGGGCAGGAGGAGGAGGUGGACAGAGGGAGUAGGGGGCAGGAGGAGCAGGUGGACAGAGGGACAAGGGGGCAGUAG